UGAACGUACGUUCAAGAGAGAGAGGUCGUUUAGCUUGGCAGUUGGAAGGCAUCGAGUAAGCGUUUUUGCUCUUCUUCUUUGCUCUCUCUCUCUCUCUGUUUGAGAAAACGGUUCUAUUCUCGGGAAGAAUUCCAAGAAACGCUCGCCUUAUCCUCCUCUCUAUCAUCUUGGAACCGAGCUCCCGGAGCUCAAUUCUCUCAGAUCCGUGGCUUUUUUCGCGAAUUGGAGCUCAAAAUCAGGUCUUUCAUGAAGGAAAAUCCCAUCUUCGAGCUCGCCAAAGCACAAAUCGACCGCAUUUCGUAUGAUCCCGUGCGAUUUUUUUUCGAUUUCCAUGAAUCGAAACAAUGCCAACUGAAUUGAAUGCGAUCUCUGGCCUUGUGGGAGUCAUGAAGUGAAGAAUCGAGGAUCGCGCGUUUCUCGGAUACGAUUCCAUUGCAUGUCCAUCUAGAGUUGUAAUUGGAGCUUGGGAAUUGGUUUUCUUCCCCUUUUAUCUGUUUUAGUUGGAUCUCAAGGGAAGAAGGUUUUAUCGGUAGACUGUCCACAGAACAGAGAUUUUAGUUCAGAUGGAGAAGUGGAUUUGCUUCAGAGUAACAAUUUUAAUAGAAUGGGAUCGACUCCAAACACUAAAAAAAUUUGAUCACAAUUUAGAUUUAUAAUUCUGGCAGAUGAUGGAGGCCGAGUUCUGUUCUCGAACCUUUUCUUCAUCUCGGGAAGAAAGUGGAGAUGAGGAGCUUUCUGUGCUCCCUAGGCACACAAAGGUGAUCGUCACAGGGAACAACAGAACAAAGUCUGUUUUAGUGGGACUGCAGGGUGUCGUCAAGAAGGCUGUUGGUCUUGGUGGCUGGCAUUGGCUGGUCCUUAAGAAUGGGGUAGAGGUGAAGUUGCAGAGGAAUGCUUUGAGUGUGCUGGAAACUCCAACUGGAAAUGAAGAUGACAACGAUGAAAUUGAUUGCAAUAACUCAAUCUGUAGUUGCUCAGACAUGGGAGAGAAGGAUGUUGAUUACUCUAGCAUGGAUCUCCAUAAACCAGCAAAACGAAGGGUAACACGUACCGGACCUUGGGCGUCCUCAGUCAAGGCAAUGAGUCGAAUCAGCUAUCAGAACAUGCAAUCUCAUAUGUUUAAGCCUCAAAAGAGGGUGAAUUUGGCAAAACUUGGAACUGCCACUUUAUGGAGAUAUUGGAGGCAUUUCAAUUUGGUCCACACUAAUCCCAAUCCAUCUAAGGAGCAACUAGUUCAUGUAGUGCAGCAUCAUUUCAUCUCUCAGCAAGUGGAUGAGAUGCAGGUGAUUGUGGGCUUCAUCCAAACUGCAAGGAGGUUGAAAACUCUCCACUCUUGACAUGAAGGAGAUGAAAGGUGCUAUUUUACAUGAAUAGGUCGAACUAAGAAUGCUACAGCUUCUUCCUGGAUGCUGGGAAGGUAUCGGGAAUCCCAUGUCUGAAUAGGGGCACCCUUUCCUAGACUAAGAACAAUAGCACAGUGUAAUUUACUGAUCUUUUUCAGGAAGCAGUGCAGUAUGUAACUUAUCAGGUAUGAGUGUCCACCAAAGACUCCAAACCUGUUAGACAACCGCAGCAUGGAGCAAUGAAUUAGAAUUGCCUACCAGAAAAUGAUGGUAGGAUGGAUUGGCACAAUGGAUGUUAAUAAUGUCUUUUAUAUUAUAUGUUGGCUUGAAAGCUGGACAAUCAGCAUAGUGCAGCGGUGCUGAAUAAACAACC